CCAAGUGGCAACGUAGUAAUUUAGUGCAGUAGAGGAAGUAUAUUUAGAGCGUCAAGCUUGUCGCGGUUUCGGCGUGCUUCGUUAGGGUUUUUUGCAGCCGCUUACAUUUGUUGUAUCUCCGUCCGAUCACGAUGACUGCUCAAACCCAAGAGGAACUCCUUGCCGCUCAUCUCGGGCAACAAAAUAUCGACAAUGAUGAACCUGUUGUUGAAGAUGAUGAGGAAGAUGAUGACAAUGACGACGACGACGAUGAUAAAGAAGAUGCUGAAGGACAAGAAGGUGAUGGUUCUGGAAGGUCAAAACAAAGUAGAAGCGAGAAAAAGAGCCGGAAGGCUAUGCUGAAGCUCGGUAUGAAGCCAGUACCUGGCGUCAGCCGUGUAACAGUAAAGAAGAGCAAGAAUAUACUAUUUGUGAUAUCGAAGCCUGAUGCUUUCAAGAGUCCAACUUCAGACACCUAUGUUGUGUUCGGAGAGGCGAAAAUUGAGGACCUAAGUUCGCAGUUGCAGACUCAAGCUGCCGAGCAGUUCAAGGCCCCAGAUCUGAGCCACAUGAUAUCUAAACCCGAGCGAUCCGCUGUGGCACACGAAGAUGAAGAGGUCGACGAGACCGGUGUGGAACCGAAGGACGUCGAAUUGGUAAUGACCCAGGCCGGGGUUCCCAGAUCCAAGGCCGUCCAGGCACUCAAAGCUGCCGAAGGUGAUAUUGUCACUGCCAUCAUGGAACUUACUAAUUAAUGUUCGACAUCUUUAUCUGUGAGUUUACAUUUAGACCGUUAUCAAUGCAACUGUUGAAGUCUGUAUUUCCCUGAGGAUCAUUUGCUCCUCUUUACACUCAUUACUAUGUUUAUCAAAUCUUAUUCUUUUUCUUUUGUCAA